AGUGGUCGAAAUUCAAGAGGGCGCACGUUGUUCCGCUCAUCUGGAUAAUCGUUGGGACAGCAAAGGACAGCAGCGAGAAUGGAAGCCUCACCUAAUUUUGGAGCCCACAGCGCCCCAGGAUCCCAUCGAGACAUCGAUAGGAUAGGAAUCGACUUGAGGAACAUCAAACACGAAUUGGCAGACAUGAGUUUGAAUGACCAUAUAGGCAGCGUCAACCUUAUCAUGCCAGGCUCGGCUGAUAUUGUGAUGCCUUCUACCGCCCUAGUUCGGUCCGCUAGCGUCCGAGAGCCGCAGGCUCCCCCCUCUGGAAGACGCGGACGCAGAACGACAACACCGUAUCAGCGCCGUAUCGAUCAGCUAGAAGAAAGAGUAGGGCAGCUGAUCAACAUUGUUGCUCAGCAGCAACAGCAGCAUCAUCAGCAGCAACAGCAGCAUCAUCAGCAGCAACAACAACUGAUUAACAUUGUUGCCCAGCAACAGCAGCAGCAACGACAACAACGUCGACGACGAAGGCGACGGCUUCGUCGUCAACGACAACAACAGCAGCAGCAACAACAACGACAUGAGAUCCCUUCGGAACUCGUGGAGUUUGUUGGCGAGUUUGACCCGUAAAGGUCAGUAUUGUAGAUUGCCGCGCGGAGGAAAUCUUUGGAGACGGGGGCAAGGUACUCCCGCCGAUACGGUCUGUGAGAACCUCAUAAUCGAGGCAUACACAGACAUUCUCGAAAUGAUUAUCUUUAGCUCUGCUUGGAUGCUGUGCUGAGGUUGAGCGGUUCAUGAAUUUUAAUCUACUCGCGGCU